AUGGUGGUCAAUCACGAUCACCAGGAAUUUGGCUCGGGGAAGAGUGUCGUGCCUUCAAAUUCCGCAGAGGCUAAUCCGCCUUUACAAACGUCUACUGAAGAUGCACUCGAUCAAAUCUGGAGCUGGAAUUCGGCAGUCCCAGAGCAAAUUCAAGAAACUGUCCACGACCUCAUUAGUGAAAUCGCACAGUCGACCAAUUCACUGGCUGUCUGCGCUUGGGAUGGAAAUUUCACAUACCCCCAGUUGGACUCACUAGCUACCCAUGUAGCGCAUCAUCUGAUUUCGGAGCUGAAUGUUACUCCCAAAUCGUGUAUACCAAUCCUUUUCCACAAGUCAAAAUGGACGAGUGUUGCAAUGUUGGCAGUCAUCAAAGCUGGAUGUAGCGUUAUUGCAUUGGAUCCAGCACAGCCUGAUUCUAGAUUGCUUUCUAUUUUGGAGCAGGUAGAGAUAUUUGUGAUGAUUUCAUCAGAGUCCAAUUAUAAUAGAGCUCGUUCGCUGUUAAAAGAGGAUGUGGCGGUCCUCAAAAUUGACGAUUCAUGGCCCCCAAAACCUUUGGACAGCUCGACCACGAAACUGCCAACUGUUAGCCCGUCGGAUAUCGUCUAUAUAUCAUUUACAUCAGGAACAACAGGCCAGCCGAAGGGCGCCUGCAUCAGUCACGCCAAUGUCCGCAGCACCGUCCAUUACCAGGGCGCCAAACUCGGAUUUCACGCUGGGUCGCGCGUGUUUGACUUUGCUCCUUACUCAUUCGAUGUAGCAUGGAGCAACUUCUUACAUACCCUCUGCGCUGGGGGUUGUCUUUGUAUUGCGCGAGAAGAGGAUAUGUUGAAUGAUACUUCUGCUGCUAUAGCCGCAUUCAGAGCAACUUCGAUUAACGUUACGCCUACUGUGCUGCGAACUAUCAACCCCGCUGAAACGACGACAUUGGAAACAGUGCUUCUCAGUGGUGAGAUGCCAUAUAGAGAGAACAUUACUCAAUGGGCUGGGCGUGUCAGAUUGUUGAAUACGUAUGGUCCGACAGAAUGUACAUUCAAAGCAGCAUUUUCUAUUCUUAGCGAUCCAUCUACCACAACGGCUAUAGACGAAAAACAUGAUGAACGUCCAGAUAUUGGCCGUGGAGUUGGGUUUUGCACGUGGAUAGUUGACCCGAACGAUGGCAAUAAAUUGCUGCAUUCAAUUGGCGCCAUUGGAGAGCUUUAUCUAGAAGGCCCCCAAGUCGGUCAGGGGUAUUUAUCGGAUCCUGAAAAGACGCGCUCCGUUUUCAUCGACAAUCCUCCAUGGUUGUUAGCAGGAAGCGAGUCUUUCCCCGGUCGAAGUGGGAGAGUUUAUAGGACGGGGGAUUUGGUCAAAUACAAGCCUGACGGAAGGUUAGUCUUUGUUGGCCGGAACGAUGACUUCUCGCAGGUCAAAAUUAAUGGUCAGAGAGUUGAGAUUGGAGAUGUUGAGCAUCAUGUUCGUGCAUGUUUGAAUGACUCUCUCUCUAUCAUUGUUGAUGUAAUUCGUCCUCGUGGCAGUGAUAGCUCUACCCUGACGGUGUUUGUGCUUGUAAGGGCUGAUGAUGAUCACCAAAAAGUAAAAUCGUGGCUUGAUGACCUUGUGGAGAAAUUGCUCCAAGUCCUACCCGGGUUUAUGCUGCCGAGUCUUUAUUACCCUGUAAAUGAGAUCCCUGUGGCUGCAACUGGAAAGGUGGAUAGACGAAAACUGCGAGAACUGGGUAGUGCACUCUCAUGGAAAGAACUUGUCACGCUGCAAGCCACGAUAUUAUCUGUGAAAGAAUUUGUCGAGCCAUCGGAUGACAUUGAGAGCCAACUGUGCGAGAUAUGGGCGAAUAUUCUGAACCUAGAUCCGGCUCGAAUUAGUACAAAUGAAAAUUUUCUUCGUCUUGGGGGUGAUUCCAUAGCGGCAAUGCACGUUGUUGCGCGUGCGAGGAAGAAGAAAUUGCCUUUGACAGUGGCAGACAUGUUCAAGAACCCAAUGCUCAAAGAUCUUGCUCGAUGUAUUGACUCUCAAAAUCGGUUGCGUGACUUGAACCUGGAUGAUAAGGAAACAGCUAUUCUACUAUUUUCCUUACUUGGGGUUAUCGAAAACCCCGAUAGUAUUCGCGAAGAAGCUGCGAGACUAUGCCGGGUCGAGAUUGGCGAUAUCGAGGAUAUGUACCCCUGCACGCCUCUCCAAGAAGGAAUGCUAGCAAUGUCCGUCAGGAACGACCUUGCUUCGCAGGAAACCUACAUUUCUAGGACAGCCUUUGAAUUGCACGCGGAUAUCGAUAUCAAGAAAUUGCAGAGAGCAUUAUCAAGUACGGCCAGAUACAUUCCGAUCUUGCGGACACGAGUAAUCAACUUGCCGAAUCAUGGUCUUGUGCAGGUUGUGGUAAAAACAACAGAAAGUAUGUUUCAACACGAAUAUAGACAUUUCGCCCAAUUUUUGGAACAGUUUCGUGAGAUGGACCUUGGGACUCCGCUGUGUAGGGCAGGAAUCGUACUAGGGGGUGCCUCAGAGUCAAAUGUUCUGGCACUAGAAAUGCAUCACGCUAUCUUUGACGGCUGGUGUACUAGGCUCAUCUUAGACACUAUACAAGAAGCUUAUAAUUCACCAUCCAGCGAUUCAUCACCGCCGGCACUUGCACCCUUUCAGCCAUUCAUAAAACACGUUUUGGCAACAGAUAACGAGAAAUCAGAGUCGUUCUGGAAAAGUCAGCUUGCGAAUUCAGAAGCAAUUGUAUUUCCAGCUGCCAAUUACCAACCAGAAGAGAAACAAGAUCUACAUCACCAAGUCCCUGAUUUGGCAUGGCCACAAACUGGGGUAACUCCAUCGUCCAUAAUUCGCUCAGCACUUACUCUCCUGUUGGCCUCAUACACAAAUUCGAACGAUAUAAGAUACGGCGAGACGCUGAGCGGGAGACAAGCACCUGUACCUGGUAUCGAGCAAAUGGCAGGCCCUACAAUUGCAACCGUUCCAUUUCGUGUAAAAUUUGACUGGGAUCAGACGGUAGAAUCACUUCAACAGAAAAUCCAGAACCAGGCUGCUGAGAUUGUGGAAUACGAACAAUUUGGUCUGCAACAUAUCCGCCGUAUUGACGAGGAAGCCAGCAAGUUUCAGCUCGAACUCGUGAUUCAACCGUCACAAAACGGAGGGAAUCAGAGACCCGGCGGCAUUUUCCAUCAAGCAAAGACAGUCAUACUUGAAAGCUCUUCAGGUCCCAAAUUUGUCGACAAAGACGGUGUUGAAGAUAGUAUGAGCAUCUACAAUUCAUACGCAAUGAUGAUAAUCUGUCAAUUGACAGACUCAGGUCUUACGAUCAAGAUCAACUUUGAUACUGGCGCAAUUAAGCAGAAUCAGGCCCAGAGGUUUGUUAGUCAAUUUGAGCAUCUGCUUCGGCAAAUCGCUUCGCCGCAAAAUGCAAAUACCAAGUUACGAAACAUUUCAAUUCUCAGCAACACUGAUAUGAACGAGAUUUACAGAUGGAAUGGGAACACACCCAAAAUACCAAUGGAACUGGUAACUGAUCGAAUUGAUAGGGUGGCUACAAAUUACCCAGAAGCCACAUCUAUCUCGUCCUGGGACCGGGAGUUCACCUAUCGUGAACUGCAGAACUUAACGACAAGUCUAGCGUGGAAACUGCGUGAUAAGGGGGUUCUUCCGGGUCACUUAGUUGUGUUGAGUUUUGAAAAGUCUUCGUGUAUGAUAGUUAGCAUGUUGUCGGUGCUAAAACUAGGCGCAAUUGCACUUCCUAUGUCUGCUUCCAUAUCCAAGGAACGGGCUUAUGAGAUAUUUGAAACCUUACAGCCACAGGUGGCGUUGACAUCACAAAAACCUCACUCAUCUUCGUUCAGAGAAUUGGUGUCGACUUUCCAUAUAUACGAUCUGAUCCAGUCAACAGAGGCCGAGGGAACCAUGCAUGACUUUAUCCCUCACAAUGUUCAGCUCUCAGACCCAGCUCUGAUCAUAUUCAGUUCUGGCUCAACAGGGACCCCCAAGUCUAUUCUAUGGAGCCACCAAACACUUUCCAGCAAUAUAUGUGCAGCUACGCAAACCUUCGGAUUAACGCCGCAUAGUAAAGUGUUUCAAUUUUCCGGGUAUGAGUUCGAUGUUAGCACGGUUGAAAGCCUGUCUACAUUAUCAGCUGGUGGUCUCUUAUAUGUCCCAUCGGAUUUCGAUAGAACAAACCGACUUUCUGGAGCCAUAAAUGACUCACAAACGAACUGGAUAUGUUUGACGCCGCGUGUCUCAGAAACGCUACAGCCGCUCGAGCUCUCUUCACUAAAUACCAUAGUCUUUGCAGGCGAAGAGUUGAAAAAGGAGACAGCCUUUCGAUGGCUGCCAACUUUGGAUUCCGUCUACAAUUGGUACGGACCAGCUGAGGGAUCAGUUGCGACGUCUUAUGCUGUACAGAAAAAGACAUGGCUAUCCGGAAUUAUAGGAACCAGCACCCCAUACGCCGCUUCUUGGCUCGUUGAUCCCAAGGAUUACAACUCACUUGCGCCCAUAGGUGCUGUGGCAGAGUUAUGUAUAGAAGGCCCCGUGUUAUCGACGUAUACUGGUCUUAAUGGUGCAAAUCUGAACCAGGAUCAUUUCUUUUCGCCUAUGUGGUUCGCGCAUGAUGGGGUACGUGGUAGACAAAAGCCAGGGCUUCUCUACAAGACUGGUGACCUCGUGAAAUAUGGCGCAAAUGGAGAAAUUAUGUUCUUAGGACGCAUCCAUGACUCACAGCGCAAGCUAAAUGGCCAGAGAGCGGAUUUGAGCGAGAUAGAGGGACGUGUCCAUGAAUUUCUGAGUGGAAAAUUAGAUGUUAUUGUGGUUGCAGAAGUAUUUGCUCCGCGCAAUAGCAAUAGUGAUGUUCUGGCCUUAUUUAUCAGCUCAGCAGGCACUCUUGCAGGAGAUAGUACAGACCGUUACACAUUUGAGUAUAAUAUCAAACAAAGUCUACCUGUGGAAGAUCUCGAGGCAAGUUUGUUGAGGAAUCUGCCACCAUACAUGAUACCGAAGCUCUAUAUUCCUCUGCUGGGUAUUCCAAUCAGCAAUACUGGAAAGACAGACAGACGUCGUCUGCGUGAAAUGGGAAGUUCGUUUACUCUUGAGCAGCUGGCUGAGAUGCAACCAUCCCGGAGAGAGAUCCGAAAGCCUUCAACUCAUACGGAAAGAUUUCUCCAACAACUGUGGGCUGAAAUUAUUGGAAUUGAGGUGGAUACAAUUUUCGCUAGCGAUAGCUUUCUACGCUUGGGUGGCGAUUCAAUUGCUGCAAUGCGACUUGUAGCAUCUGCGCGCACCAAGGGCGUGGUAUUGACUGUUGCCGAUAUAUUUGAGUCUCCCAAACUUGAAGAUUUAGCCCAGCGAGUGAGACGUGAAGAGGAUAUAACAUAUAAGGAAGAAAUUAGACCUUUCUCAUUAUUAGAGUCCAGUCUCAGCGAAGCUGAAUAUCGAGACUAUGCAGCUAGCGCCUGCUCUAUUGCAGAGUCCAGAAUCGUCGACAUAUAUCCUUGUACUCCACUUCAGGAGGGCUUAUUGGCACUGGGCGAGAAGGCACAUGGCCAAUAUGUAUCUCGAAGCGUUUUACAACUACAGGAUGAAAUUGACGCCAGCCGACUUGAAGGAGCGUGGCUAAACACAGUCGAUAAACUACCGAUCUUGAGAACGCGAAUCAUCGAUGGGCCAGUAGGCCACCCGGGUUUGAUGCAGGUUGUUCUCGAUAGUCUACCUAUGCGUGUUGGUAGCGACGUUUCCACGUACCUAGAUGCCGACGAGAAAGAACAUAUGGGCUUGGGCAAUGAUCUCUGCCGGGCAGCUAUUAUCAACCGCAGUUUUGUUUUCACAAUACACCACUGCAUAUACGAUGGAUUGGUACUGAAAAUGAUACUAGAUGAACUGGAGUCUCAGUAUCUAGAAGAAGAUACGCAUGAUUUUGUUUCGUUCAAGAACUUUAUUCAUUAUUUGACACAAGUCGAUCCAGAGGAAGCAACUACCUUCUGGAAACGGCAGCUAGCACUAUCGGAGGAAUUGCGAUGCUAUCCAGAACGCCCUUCUCCGGGAUACAAAGCACAGGCAAAUACUGAGCUGGAGCAUACUGUUCGUUUGGAUUGGCUGAGGAGUGAGAUAACGCCAUCAACGAUCGUAAGAUCAUCUUGGGCACUUCUAAGUAGUCAAUACGUUGCUUCAAACAAUGUUGUAUUUGGAGUUACAGUUAGCGGAAGACAUGUUGAUAUGAAAGGCAUAGAUAAUUGCGCUGGUCCUACUAUUUCGACCAUUCCGAUACCCGUUUCUAUAAACUGGGAGGACACAGUCGGUGAUUUCCUUGUUCAAAUGCAGCGUCAGGGGAUAGAGAUGACAACCUAUGAGCAAUACGGAAUACAAAGGAUUCAGCAGAUUGUUGGGGUUCCUAAUAGUGUGGGCAGUCUUUUCCAAACACUACUUGUUGUCCAGCCGGUCGCGCAGGGCAAGAGCUUUAAUGAAGACAAUUUCCUGUUCAAAGCUCGUAACUACUCAUCCAGCCUUGAAACUCGAGGCACUGAUCCUUUUAAUACAUACCCGUUGAUGCUGAUAUGUGAACUGAGCUCCUCCGGGUUACAUAUGCGAUUUAGUUUUGACAACAAUAUUAUUGACAAGAAACAGAUCAAACGCAUAGCAUACCAGUUCGAUCAUAUUAUUCACCAGUUGUGCAGGAAAAAUGCUACUAUCAUCACACUGGACGAGAUAGAAACCGCUAGUGAAAUCGAUCUUGAUCUAUUUUGGGCUCAGAAUAGAUCGCCGCCGGCCGAUGUGAACGAAUGCAUACAUGACCUGAUCACAUUGGCUGCAAAGAAAAUGCCAAAUACGCUAGCCAUUGAUGCCUGGGACGGAAGCUUUUCCUAUCGUGAACUGGAUGAGCUCUCUUCACUCCUUUGUGAAACAUUGAUCAAGUUAGGAGUGAGAAAGGGUUCGGUCGUUGCGUUGUGCUUUGAGAAGUCGAAAUGGGCACCCGCAACACAGAUUGCAGUACUGAAAGCAGGUGGAGUUGCCUUGCUGCAUUCAAUCCAUGUUCCAGACCACAGAUUAAGCACAGUUUUCCAAAAAAGCAAUGUUCGUCUCGCGGUAGCAUCAGCAUCGAAGAUGAAGGUGAUAUCACAAUACGUACCUUGUUUCACCAUUGAUCAACUGCUAGAACGCUCCCGCACAUCCAAAUCGAGGGAUAACCAAGAAUUGGCGAACAUUGAAUUGGCAGAUCCUGCGGCGAUACUCGUAUCAUCUGGGACUACGGGAGAACCCAAACAGAUCCUGUGGAGCCACAGAACACUGGCGGCAAAUAUCAGGGGUCAUCAAGAACAUAUUCCAAUAAAUGCCUCAGACAGGGUCUUCCAAUUUGCGUCCUACGAUUUUGAUCUAGCAACUCUAGAGACUAUGUCCAGUCUCUCCAUUGGGGCUUGUUUGUGUAUCCCUUCCGAAAUCGAAAGGGUGAACAACUUGACGGCUGCUAUCAAUCGUCUUCAACCUACUCAUUUGCAUUUGACGCCAUCCACAGCCGAUCUUCUCCAACCAGAGACUGUACCGACAGUAUCUACCGUAAUUCUAGCUGGAGAGAAAUUGGUGUCAUCAAGUGUUGAUCGGUGGAAAGACCACUGUCGUGUCUUUGGAUGGUACGGGCCAGCGGAGUGUGCUUCCGCAGCUUUUAGUGUGGUAGACGCUGAAACAUGGUAUAGUGGUGUCAUCUCAAAUUUGAAGUCGAUACAGCCUUGUCUUUGCUGGGUUGUUGAUCCCAGUCAUCCCGAGAGGCUGGCACCUUACGGCGCCAUAGGCGAAAUUGCACUCGAGGGUCCAUCUUCUUCUAAUGGCUACAUUAGCAACCAGGCAUUGACACAGAGCAGAUUCCGUCAAGACCCUAAAUUUCUGCAAGUACUUUCAAGAGGUAGAAAACGCAGUCUUAUCUACACGGGCGACUUGGCCAAAUACGACAGCAAUGGCAACCUGAUUAUACUAGGAAGAAAGGAUGCACAACUCAAAAUUCACGGUCAAUUGGUCGUACCAGAUGAAGUCGAACAUCAUAUCAAAAGUUUUCUUCCUAACGGACAUGAAAUUCAAGUGAUAGUAGAUGUUAUAGAAGCCAAUGAGUAUCAGGAGUCCGCCCUGGUGGCCUUUAUUCAGCGCAGUAUUGAACGAGAGCUAGGACAGAUGACUAGCGAAUUACGCAAACAGCUCGCCAAAGUAUUACCGCCUUAUACAAUUCCCGCUUAUUACAUACCAAUUUCGAAAUUCCCAAAAACUGCUACGGACAAGGUAGACCGUGCCCGACUGAGGGAGAUGGGAAAAACUUUGGAUUUGAUGGGCCAGUCAGCAAGCGUGGCUAUUACGCGACGAGAACCUUCGACUACCGCCGAGAAGACACUCCAGAAAUUAUGGGCUAUAGCUAUUGGGGUACCACCUCACAAAAUCUCCGCGACGGACAGUUUUCUCCAAACUGGAGACUCAAUUCGGGCCAUGCGGUUGGUGGGAUUGGCACGGCAACAAGGUCUACUACUAUCAGUGGCCGAUAUAUUCGAGAAUCCGAUAUUAGAAGAUAUGGCAAAGAUCUGCAGAUAUUUUACUGAACAAGACAAACAAUAUCAGAACGAUUUUGCUCCAUAUUCCCUCCUUGGACAGGAGCUAGAUGUUGGGGUUGCUUGCCAACAAGCGGCAUCACUUUGUGGCGUUGAUGUUGAUGAUAUUGAGGACAUCCUUCCGUGUACCCGUAUGCAAGAAGGCCUCCUGUCUCUCACUGCUGCAAAGAAAGGGACUUACAUCGGUCGAAAUAUACUCCAGCUCGCCUCCUCGGUCGAUAUUGAGCGCUUUAGAAGGGCUUGGGAACGGAUUGUUAUAGCAAUUCCCAUUCUACGGACAAGAAUAAUUGAUCUUCCUGGUCGUGGACUAGUGCAAGUAGUGAUCAAACCCCAAGGUUGCUGGGCAGACGUAAAGAGCAUCGACGACUUCAUAGAUCAGGAAACGCAGAAUGAGAUGGGCCUUGGGUGCGCUCUAAUGCGAUGCGGAUUAUUUCCGACCCAAGAACAUACAAAUAGUGCAUACCGACCAUACUAUUUUGUGUUGACGAUGCAUCAUUCAAUCUAUGACGGGAUCACCACUAAUUUAAUCUUAGACGCAUUCGAGGACUUCUACAAUGAUGUCGAACACCCUAUUCCCGGGCCAAUUCAGCCGUUCCUCAAGUACAUUGAAAAUCAGGAUAAGGAUGCGGAGUCGAAUUUUUGGAAAACAGAAUUUGAAGCAUUGGAUGCAUCACAGUUUCCUGCUUUGCCUUCGUCGACGUAUCAACCUCAGACGGAUUCUGUUGUUCUACAUUGUGUACGGGAGAUCACCUGGAGACAAGAUACUUUCACCCCGACGACAAUACUUUAUGCCGCAUUUGCACUUUUAUGCUCAUACCAUUCGGGCUCCUCUGACGUUGUGUUUGGAACCGUUGUUUCGGGGCGAAAGGUGCCUGUCGUAGGCAUAGAGAGACUAGCUGGCCCAACGAUUGCAACCGUGCCGCUCAGGGUCAAAAUCGAUGAAGAUGGCGAUGUUUGCAGACUUUUGAGUACCAUACAAAACAAAACCACGAAAAUGAUUCCAUUUGAGCAAACGGGUCUGUCAGUCAUUCGACAAAUAAGCGAUGAAGCGGAACAAGCGUGUCGGUUCCAGACGUUCGUCAUCAUUCAGCCGGAGGAAAGCAAUUUGCAAGAGCGAGCCGGACUGUUUGCUUCUCAGGUCAAUCAUAUUUGGUCCGAAGGCAAAAGUCAUGGUAAAUAUGGUGAUCAUGGGUUUAACCCUUGUGCGUUGACAAUUGCAUGCACUAUACGAAAUGCAAAUCUCGAUAUUGAGUUUUCCUUCGAUUCUAUCGUUUUAGAUGAAGCAGUAGUUCGGCGCAUGUCGCAUCAUUUCGAGCAUAUACUCAGAGCUCUCUGCUCUCAAGCCAACGAUGAAGGACCGCUGCAGGGUAUGAACAUGGUUACGGACCAGGACCUGGAGCAGAUUUGGAAGUGGAAUUCCGAAGUGCCCAAAGCAGUGGAACUUCCCUUGCAUAAACUGCUUUCACAAGUUGCAGAGAAACAGCCAGAUGCCAUGGCCAUUUCUGCUUGGGACGGUGAGCUUACAUAUCAAGAAUUCGAGUGGCUCACGACAAAUAUGGCCUACCACUUAGUAUCCAUCGGGGUCAACCGAAAUAUGAUCAUUCCGCUCAUUUUUGAAAAAUCCAUAUUCGUACCGAUUGCUUUCUUCAGCGUAAUGAAGGCUGGCGGGGCUAGUUUGCUACUUGAUCCGACCUUGCCAGAGUCUAGGCUCGUAUCAAUCAUACAGCAGGUGAAGCCAGGAUUAAUCGUAUCUUCGCCGUCGAAUGUUGCACUAUCUACAAAAUUACUUGGAAAAGGUACUUCGGUGUUCAACGUCGACUGGGAUAUUGCACAGCAAUUCAUGAAAAAGGAUUUUGAUAUUACGCCCACGGGUAAGUUACUGCCAGAAGUUGACCCAUCGGAUCUUUUAUAUACAAUCUUUACAAGUGGAAGUACGGGGACCCCCAAAGGUUGUCUUAUGCAGCAUCGGAACUUCAGCAGUGCAGUUGUAUUGCAGCAACAGGUUUUACGACUAAGCGCCACGUCACGAUUGUAUGACUUUUCGUCGUAUUCUUUCGACGCGGCUCACUGGGCAAUGUUCCAUGUUCUCGCUGCUGGAGGUACAUUGUGCAUACCUAGCGAAGAGGAAAGAAAAAACGAGUUGUCAGAAAGCAUGAGGCGAUUCAAUACUACAGAUGUGUUUCUCACUCCGUCUGUGGCACGUUCAAUUGAUCCUACAGAAAUCCCGACAUUACGAAACAUUCAUUUAGGCGGGGAGGAGGCUACCCGAGAUGAUUAUGCUCGCUGGGUGCCGCAUGUCAACACCUUUAAUUCGUAUGGACCAGCUGAGUGCAGUGCCGGUACUCUCUACGGCAAGAUUUCCAGUGACGACCUCUCAAAUAUUUCUAUCGGCAAGGGAGUAGGAGUUUCUACCUGGAUUGUAGAUCCCAAAUCACCAGAAAAACUAUCCCCAAUAGGCACAGUGGGCGAGUUAUACUUGGAAGGGCCACUUAUUGGGAAGGGUUAUCUUAAUGACGAGGAGAAGACCAAAUCAUCCUUUAUCAAGAAUCCAUCUUGGCUUCUUGCAGGAUCUCCAAGUGGUAUUAUAUCAGGAAGGCGGGGUCGGCUGUACAAGACCGGCGAUCUCGUGAAAUAUGACACAAGUAAUGGUCAGCUACUAUUCAUUGGCAGGAAAGACACUCAAGUGAAACUUCGAGGACAGAGGAUCGAGCUGUCUGAAAUUGAGUACCACGCUCGGCAAUGUGUGAAAGCCUUAGAGAGUAUAUCUCUUGCUGCUGGGGUCGUUACUCCAAGCACGACCAAGACUCAGACUCUUGUAUUAUUCUUGCAAGUCCCAGAACACGAGCACCAGGGUCUCUACAAACUCAUACGAAAUCUGGAACCCCAACUACGCCAGAGAUUGCCGUCGUAUAUGAUUCCAAGUGGUUAUUUACUGUUAGAGCACAUUCCACUUACGACUACUGGGAAAACAGACCGAAGAUGUUUAAGUAAUAUAGGCGCUGAUGUGAAACUGCAUUAUUUUAACCAUCAGGAUCCAGAAGACCUUGAAUCGCCAAGCACCCCGGAAGAAAUUCGUCUUCAAAAAUUCUGGAUCACUGUAUUGAGUAUUGCCCCAGAGAGGAUUCACAAAAGCAGCAGUUUUUUCAAUCUUGGAGGGGACUCGAUAUCCGCCAUGAGACUAGCUGCGUUGGCUCGUCGUCACGGAUUACUGUCUCUGACUGUUCAAAAAAUCCUGAGCACACCGCGCUUGUCCGAUAUGGCAGGKUUUAUAACCUCGUCCGACAAUGUCAGCACAGUGGUCGAUAAGAUCCAGAAUAUCAAUGCAUUCUCCCUACUUACAGACCCCUUCGGCAAGGAUGAAUUCAUCAAAAUCAUCUCCAGAAAAUGCAACAUUAAUGUCAACCAGAUUGAAGACAUUUUUCCUUGCACCAGUGUGCAGAAGUCACUCCUUUCAAUGACUGCAAAAGCUGCCAAUUCCUAUAUAGCCAGACUAGUAGUCCAGCUCAAAGAAGGUGUAGACAUGGAUCGACUACAACAGGCCUGGAAGCACGUCAGUCAGACCACUGCACCCAUACUUCGUGUGAGAAUAGUUGACAUUCCGGGCCGAGGGCUCCUUCAAGUACAAAUCAACGAGUCCGUGCAAUGGGAGUCAUCCAAUGAAGAUAUGAUAGCAUAUAUCAACCACAAUCAAACAGGAUCCAUGGGUUUGUUUACCCCCCUCACUCGACUAGCCGUCGUGCGUGAUCCGAAAAACCCAGGGCGACGAUGUCUUCUUCUCACCCAGCAUCAUGCCAUAUACGACGGUUACUCCAUUGAUUUAUUGCUCCAUGAAGUAUCCAAAGCAUAUAUCGGAGCCUCAACUCCUUACCCUAUAGCAUCUUUCCAAUCCUUUUUGAGAUAUGUGAUGGGUAUUGAUACAGCUGAAACAGUAGAAUUCUGGACGAAACAAUUUUUCGGGUCUGAGGCAGUUCCAUUUCCAGCAUUGCCGCACCAGGACUAUCGACCGAAGGCUGAUAGUACCGUGCGUCGAAGCAUUGAAAAUAUUGGGUGGCCAAAGAAUAAUGCUACAGUAUCUACAAUUUUGAGAGCAGUUUGGUCAAUCAUCACAUCUCAAUACACUGAUUCUCAUGACGUCGUCUUCGGUGCAAUUGUCUCUGGUCGACAAGCUCCAGUGGCCGGUAUUGACCGGAUGAUUGCACCUCUCAUCAACGCAGUUCCAGUUCGGAUCCUAAUUGACCCAAAGCAGACCAUUGAUGAGCUUCUGGGGCGCAUUCAAGAACAGGCUGUUUCUAUGAUUCCAUACGAAAACACCGAGCUACUGAAUAUCAGGCAUAUCAAUGGAGAAACCGACCGCGGCAGUCAAUUUAACACUCUGCUGGUCGUUCAGCUUGCAAGUCAAGGCAAAAUAUCGUUCAAUGAUGACGGCCCAUUUGUUUCUAAUUCGGCCGUGAAAUCAGCCCGUAGCGAGCUUGACGAUUUCAAUCCAAAUGCUGUCAUGAUUAUGUGUCAGCCUGACACAAACGGUCUUCAUUUGGAAAUCAGCUUUGACUCUAAUGUCAUUGAUCGUGCGCAGAUGGAACGCAUAGCGGCGCAGUUUGAGCAUGUUCUGCGUCAGAUUUGCGCAUCUUGGGGCAGCAGCUUGAAAAUUGAUGAAAUCGACGUUAUUAGUACACAGGAUCUUUGUGAGCUUUGGAAAUGGAAUGAGUCCGUUCCUGAAGCUAUUCUAACCUGCAUUCAUGACCUAAUCGGCGAAACGAUCAAGAAGCACCCUGAAGCACCGGCCAUAUGCUCAUGGGACGUUGUUUUUACUAGUGGGUCGACUGGCACCCCCAAAGGCGUCGUGACAACACAUCAAAACUUUGCUUCCGCAGCAACACACCAGAAAGAGAUUCUCAAUAUUAGGGAGGGAACCCGUGUAUACGAUUUUGUCUCUUAUAACUUUGAUGUUUCAUGGUCAAAUACUCUACAGACUUUGAUAUGUGGUGGCUGUCUCUGCAUUCCCUCCGAAUGGGAGCGCAGAAAUGACAUCCCAGGAUCACUAAAUCGAAUGAAAUGUGACUACGUCUAUUUCACACCGUCUGUAGCGCGAUCGCUGCAGCCAUUAUCAAUGCCCGGGAUUAGGACUCUCGCAAUGGGUGGCGAGCCCAUCCGCACCACAGAUGCCGAACGUUGGACACAAGCCGAGACUGUUAUCGGCAUCUACGGUCCAGCAGAGUGUGCUCAAGCUCUAUCAUUUGUUACUCUGGGCAAAGACGCCUCUAACAACUGCGUUGGCCAUUCAUACGGAGCGAAAACUUGGCUUGUACAGCCAGGUCGACCGGAUCGUCUAGCUGCUAUUGGAGCCGUUGGAGAGCUCCUCAUAGAGGGACCAACAGUUAGUAGAGGGUACUUUGGCGAUGAGAGCAAGACAAACGCAGCAUAUAUCAAGGAACCGGAGUGGCUUGUACGUGGCGUACCGGGUGCGAAGAACGGCCGACGAAGCACGCUUUACAAGACAGGGGAUCUUCUAUCUUACAAUUCUGAUGGAUCGCUUGAUUUCAUAGGCCGCAAAGAUACGAUGAUCAAGUUAAGGGGGCAGCGAAUCGAGCUUGAAGAAGUUGAACAUCAUGUUCGAGCUGGUUUGAGAGAUGCAAGUGUUUUUGAAGGAAUUGCCGCGGAAAUAAUUACACCACGAAAUGCUACCAAUGCUCUGUUGGCAGUCUUUUGCAGUUUGCGAGGGAACCAAUCCAUGAAAUCGGACACGCAGGACGUGAACUCCUUUCUCGCUCAAGCAUUGGAGGGGCUUGAAGAGACUCUCUCGCAAAAUCUGCCUCAAUAUAUGGUCCCCGGUGCCUAUAUUCACAUUUACAAAAUACCAAUGACUACCACGAACAAAAUUGACAGAAGAGCGUUACGACAAUUUGGCAACGCACAAACAUUAGAACAUCUUGCUAAAUUGCAGUCUUACGGCAAGUCAAAGCAAAGACCAGAAACUGAUAUGGAGCGGCGACUCCAGAAUCUUUGGGCCUCCGUGCUUGGAAUCGAUCCUGAAAGCAUUGGUCGAGAUAGUAGCUUUUUGAGAAUCGGUGGAGAGUCUAUAGCUGCCAUGAGACUUGUAGCAGCAGCCAGCGAGGCAAACUUAUCCCUGACGGUUGCCGAUAUUUUCAAAGCCCCUCGUCUAUCUCAACUAGCCCUCGUUGUCAAGGAAGAUUCCCCAGUUGCUGAAAUUUUGGACACGGAUGUGCCGUUCUCCUUGCUUGAGACAGACGAACCUCAAUCUUUCAUUGAGGAUUUUGUAGUGCCCCAACUUCAAGGUGACAUGGGAGCCAUCCUGGAUAUCCUGCCCACUACAGACUUCCAGCAGCUUGCAAUUUCGGAUGCCCUACAAAGUCCACCCAGCCGACUGCCACACUUGAUCUUGGACCUUCCUAGGGACACCGACUUCGCUGGACUUCAACGCGCUUGUGAAAGUCUAAUCAGGCAACAUGAAAUUCUCCAUACCGUUUUCAUAAAUGUCAAUGGAAAGGUUUGGCAGGCAGUUUUACCGAAUCUUAAGCCUGAAUUUGACAUAUACGAGACCGAUAAUGAGGACAUGGCAGCUUUCAUCGACCAUUUAUGUGCCGAAGACAUCAGCAGACCUCGAAGGUUUGGCCAAUCCUUCAUCCGCUUCAUGGUAGUCCGACAUAAUUCAGGGGCUCACAAKCUCGUCUUCCGUAUAUCGCAUGCUCAAUUCGACGGAUUUAGCUUAGGCGGCAUUCUCCAUACAUUGUCGUCCAUUUACGGCCAGUCAACCCUACCACAACCAACAUCGUUCUCCAGUUUCGUUCGUUUUACUGCUUCGAAGAAAACCGAAAGCUUAGAAUACUGGGCCUCGCGACUACAAGCAUCCUGCUAUCCAGGAUGGGCAUCGAAUAGAUUCGCAGACUUGUCUUGCAGCACCACAGAUCGACUUACAUUAAAGCGAACAAUUCCAAUGCCAGACAUAAACCGUCUCGAAGGCAUUUCUCCGGCUACAAUGUUUCACGCAGCUUGUGCAAUGAGUCUGUCCCGCCAGUAUGAUCAAGGAGAAGUACUAUUCGGCCGUCUCGUCACCGGUCGUUCCAUGCUACCCAGUAAUCUGCAAAACGUCGUGGGCCCUUGUAUGACUGAGGUCCCGAUUCGGAUAAUUAUAAAACCUGAAGACACAAUCGCUACAGUGGCCCUACAAUUACAGAAACAAUUCAUCGAAGACUCGCUUCACGAGGCUGCGGGAAUGGCCGAGAUUAUUGCAAACUGCACAGACUGGCCUGACGAAGCGAAGGACUUUGGGUGGAGGACUGCAUUCCAACAAGAGGAGGAUCGCGAUUUCAAAUUCCUGGGAGUCUCAAGUAGGAUUUCGUAUUACGAAGGUGAUUUACCCGCGCGAACACGGCCUGAAAUAUACGCGACACCCCGAGAUGGGCAACUUGAGCUAGAAUAUGAGGGGAACAGGCAAUUGGUCAGCGAGCAGACAGUCGCAAAGUUCUUAGAGGACCUUGAGGUAGUACUGGGAGAUUGUUAG